GGCCCAUCUCUGUAUGCUGACAUCAGUACAUUAAGCCUGCCUGCCUCAGUAUUGCUGCCAAAAUGUCAGAAACCAAUGGAGAAGAAGACUCCUAUUUCUUCCAAGUCUGUGGACCGAAUGAGGCUCUAGUAGUGUCAGGAUGUUGCCACGCCCGUCCCCUCAUGGUGGCUGGAGGCCGAGUGUUUGUCAUCCCAUGCAUCCAGCAGCUGCAGAGGAUCCCCCUGAACACGCUGACUUUGAGCAUUGACAGCCCCACAGUUUAUACCCUAGCGGGUGUGCCCAUAUCCGUGACGGGGGUGGCACAGGUGAAGAUCCAAGGCCAGAACCAGGAGAUGCUGGCCGCGGCGUGCCAGCAGUUCCUGGGGAAGUCUGAGGAGCAGAUUCGCCGCAUCGCCCUGGAGACACUGGAGGGUCACCAGAGGGCUAUCAUGGGCACCAUGACUGUAGAGGAGAUCUACAAAGAUCGGAAGAAGUUUGCCAAAGCCGUGUUUGAGGUUGCCUCGACGGACCUUGUAAACAUGGGCAUCAGUGUGGUGUCGUACACACUCAAAGACAUCAGAGACGAAGAGGGCUACCUGAAGGCCUUGGGUAUGACCCGUACUGCACAGGUGAAGAAAGAUGCUCGCAUCGGUGAGGCAGAGGCUCAGAGAGACUCAGGAAUCAAGGAAGCCAGUGCAGAGGAACAGAGGAUGAAGGCCCGCUUUUCGAAUGACACCGAGAUCGCAGCCGCCCAAAGGGACUUUGAGUUGAAGAAAGCUGCUUACGACAUGGAAACCCAGACCAAGAAAGCAGAGGCAGAGUUGGCUUAUGAACUACAGGCUGCAAAGACCAAGCAGAGGAUUAAGGAGGAACAGAUGCAGAUUAAGGUGGUGGAGCGUACCCAGCAGAUCCAGGUUCAGGAGCAGGAGAUCGCCCGGCGGGAGCGCGAGCUGGAGGCACAGAUCAAACGUCCCGCAGAGGCCGAGAAGUACCGGCUGGAGACACUGGCUGAGGCAAACGCGAAGCGUGUUCUGAUGGAAGCAGAGGCUGAAGCUGAAGCUGUCAGGCUGAAGGGAGAGGCUGAGGCCUAUGCUAUUGAGGCCAAGGCUAAGGCUGAGGCAGAACAGAUGGCCAAGAAGGCCGAUGCCUGGAGGGACUACCAGGAGGCAGCCAGGGACAUGGUGCUGGAGACACUGCCCAAGGUUGUGGCGGAAGUUGCAGCCCCAUUGUCCCAGACCAAGAAGGUGACCAUGGUGUCCAGCGGAAAGGGCGAGCUGGGCGCCGCCAAGAUUACGGGCGAAGUGAUGGAUAUCGUGGAGAGGCUGCCGCAGGUCGUGGAGUCCAUGACUGGCGUGGACAUGUCAAAGGCCUUGAAGCUGCAGGCAAGGUCUGUGUAGAUGUCAUCACAGCUUAUGCUGACAUCAUCACAUCCUGUGUGGACAAAUCCGUGUGGAUGUCACAGCACCCCUUGCAGACACACGGGUGGUUCAAAAUGGCCGCCAUGCUCGUGUUGUAUGUACGCUAGAGGUUCAUGUUAACGUACAGUAGCUAGUAGUUAUCCUUCAUAAGCUCUUUCUAGUCCAUUUAUAUUCAGGAGUUUUAGAAAUGUCUCCAAGAUGCAUGUGUUUUUGAAUACAACAGGACCAGAAGUAAUCACAAGUGUACAAUCUAUAAUGUCUAGAUAAGUAGCUGUUCAGUCCCCACCUCUCUAAUAGUAGGGUAGCAAAAUUAGUGUUACUGCAUCUGUAUAAGCAUUUCUAUAGUUAAAUUCUUGCAUCAUCAUCGCUUUAGAAAGUGUAGGUAAAGUAUUGCUCAAGAACGGCUGUCAGACAAAGUCCAUAGGAAGACACAUACAUGGAAAAAUUUAUGUAAACUUUCCUUCUAACAUGCUGUUAGUUUGUAUGCCAUUCCUUGUCGAGUACAUGUAGUGGAGGCAUCAGUAAGAAAUACUUUCUAGUAAGUGAGAACUGUGUGUGCUCUGUACAGGGGAAACUCAACAACAACAAAGAAAACUGCAUUCGUAUGUUUUUUUAAAGUGUAAUAUAAUCAGAUGUUUUUUAUUGUUCAUUUGUAACAUGUGAACACUUUUUUAGUGGAAUGCUUUGUAAUGAAACCUAAUGUAAAAGUUUUGUGUUAUAACUGAAGGUAGUAUGUCUUUGCACGUGUUUUCUGCAAUACACCAUUUCACCACUUUGGCAGCACACAGAAAUUCACGUUUCUAAUAUAAUAGCUGAUGAAAAUGGAAAAUAGUGUGUGUCAAAAUAUACUUUCACAUGAUUCUAACCGGAACAGUGUACUUUUUUCGAUGAAGAAGAUAUCACCAUGGAAAACUGAAGCUGUAACUAACAAACUGACAACUGCCUUUGAAACCAGUGGUAACCAGUAGUGUUUAACUCACUGUUGUACAGAUUUGCAAGUCUUUUGUGUAUUUGUAAGUUUAUAUGUAACCAAGACGACAACAGAUGAUGAUGGUUUUAUAGUCACUCGUGAGUACAUUUUUGAUUGAGAAGUGAUUUUUAUUUUGUCUUUCCUAUGGAUCCUUGAUAGGCUGAAAUUUAUGUCCUGAAAUUGUCCCUGAAAAAAAACAUACUGCCAAAUUCUUCAAAUUUCAGGAUUUUUUUUAGAAACAUGGAAGGACAAUAAAUCCAAGAAUGACUUUUUGCAUUGUCAACUGUGCAUCUCCCUGAGUUUUGACGAACAUUGUUAUAAAUAGCACAGUUUGGAAUUAGCAUUAUUUUUUAUUUUGUUCAUGUUAGUAUUCAGAGUUUUCUUCACUCCUUUACAGUUCAUAGCCUCAGAGUUUGCCAGCCAACUGAAUGUGGAAAUAACAAGGCGUGCAAGAUUACUAACUUAAAGGUAUUCUAAACAAUACAGAGAAAUACCCCCUUACUUUUGCAGCAUUCUCAUCAAAAUAAGUCCAUUACAUAUGAUGUCAAACUGAUAUCAAAUUUGGGAACUACGAAGAUUUUGAACAAUUUUUCUUGUGUUUUUGAUGACACAACAAACUGGCAACAAUGAAGUGGGAAUGUAUAUCCUGUUGGAAAAGAAAAUUUGUUUUUAUACCAUGUUUGAUUUUACAAGUUAAACGAUAAUAAAAGUUUUAAUUAAUAUGUUUUAUUAGAUAGUACUCUGUUUACAACUGUACCUUUGGCAGCAUUUCUGUGGGGAUGUACUUUUAGUAUCUCAGGUAAUGUUACACUGAAAUGUAUACUCUUGUCUCGACUAACAAUCACAUUUGUAUCCAUUGUAUAUAUAAUUGUGUGAUUCUGCAUUAAAAUUGUCUAAUGGCA